GCUGUCUCCCAGCAGCCUGCACAGUUUCUGAUCAUAUUUGAGCGUAAAAUCGAACAAACUUCGUGGGGUUUCACGUCAAAGAGUUACGCAGCAAUCGCGCAAAGUUUUUCUUUUUUUGCGGCCACAAACUUGCAUAAAGUUUGCAGGAAGUCUGCUCGUUACCACAUUCUUCGGGGGAUUGCAAAGGGGGAGGUUUACUGAGAUUAGUGUCUUUAUGCUUUUUCACGUGAAAGAGCCUUUAUAAGGCGUCGUGGUGUUUGGAGACGGUGCUUCUUUACGCAUCGGAAAAUAAAGGAAAGGACUCGUCUUUUGUGCAAAAAGUUUUUAUCUGUGCACUUCAACAUGGCAGCAUACACGUUACCGGAGGGAUUCACGGAGUUUGACAUGUUUACAUUCGGCUCAGCUCUUCUAGUUGGGGGAAUGCUGGGAUUCUUCCUCAAUGCCAUCAGCAUCGUGUCUUUCCUCACAGUGAAGGAGAUGCGAAAUCCCAGCAACUUCUUUGUCUUCAAUCUUGCCAUUGCUGACCUCUGUUUGAAUAUUAACGGCCUCACGGCUGCUUAUGCCAGUUAUAUCAGGUAUUGGCCAUUUGGUCAGGAGGGUUGUGCCUAUCACGGUUUCCAGGGGAUGAUAUCGGUUCUGGCCUCCAUCAGCUUCAUGGCUUGUAUUGCUUGGGACAGAUAUCACCAGUACUGCACCAGACAGAAGCUCUUCUGGAGCACGACUCUGACGAUGAGUGGCAUCGUCUGGAUUCUGUCCAUCUUCUGGGCUGCUGUUCCUCUCAUGGGAUGGGGCGUCUAUGACUUUGAGCCUAUGAGGACGUGCUGCACACUGGACUACACCCGAGGAGACAGGGACUAUGUGACCUACAUGCUGACUCUGGUGGCGCUCUACCUGAUGUUCCCAGCUUUCACCAUGAUGUCUUGUUAUGAUUCCAUCCACAAACACUUCAAGAAGAUCCACCACCACAGGUUUAACACCAGUAUGCCCUUGAGGGUGAUGCUGAUGUGCUGGGGCCCCUACGUCCUCAUGUGUAUCUACGCCUGCUUUGAGAAUGUCAAGGUUGUGUCUCCAAAGCUAAGAAUGGUGCUUCCGGUUGUUGCAAAGACAAACCCUAUCUUCAACGCUCUCCUCUACUCAUUUGGAAAUGAGUUCUACCGAGGCGGCGUUUGGCACUUCCUCACCGGACAGAAGAUUGUUGAGCCAGUUGUUAAGAAGUCGAAAUAAAAGCAAACUCAAUAUGUUCUUGCAAAAUGUCAAAGACCAUCAUCUGCUCACACACUUACACACUAAGAUGCUGUAAAGUAAACAUCACUGAGCCGUUUAGAUGUCUGUACAGUUGUGUUAUUUUCAUACUAUCUGGACAGUAGCUGCAACUCGGGACAACCUCUUUGUUUAAACAGGAUUCAUUUAAGAUAAUUUAUCCUUUUUAAAGCAUUUUUUUUCUCUCCAGUAACUGGUAUCUUACCUGCUCUGCUCCUCCGUCCACAUUUAACGCUCACAAUAAACACAGAUGUUGCUGCUCUA